AUGUCGGAUUCUAGCGACAAGAAGGGCAAAGCGCCCAAGCGAAAUGAAGACGAGUCUGGCACUCCACCUGACUCGGGUAAAGAUGCUGGAAAGAAACUCCCCGCAAAAUUCGCCUCCGCACUCCUUGAUCAAAACCCCGCCCUGAAGAAAGAGCUCGCCGCGAUGGACAAAGAUCAGGCUGCGGCCUUACUGCACAACAUGGACCUUUCGCAGAUGCUCACUGGAUUGGCAAUUGGAGGCAAGAACCAGAAGGACAUGGCGUCUUAUAAGUUCUGGCAGACACAGCCGGUGCCUGCAUUUGAGGAUGCUGGCAAGAAGGAGAUUGUCCAGGGACCUAUCAAGAUGAUUGACCCAGAACAGGUGUCCAAGACUCCCGGCGCCCUCAUUGAGGGAUUCGAGUGGUGCACCCUCGAUCUGACAAAUGCGGAGGAGCUGAAGGAGCUAUAUGAAUUGUUGAACAAUCAUUACGUGGAGGAUGACAACGCCAUGUUCCGUUUCAGCUAUUCGCAAUCCUUCCUGCAUUGGGCCCUCAUGUCCCCAGGAUGGAAGAAGGAAUGGCACGUUGGCGUGCGCGCCACCAAGUCGCGCAAGUUAGUUGCCUCCAUCUGCGGCGUCCCCACUGAGCUUCGCGUUCGUGGUGAGCGCAUCAAGGUUACGGAGAUCAACUUCCUCUGCAUCCACAAGAAGCUACGCUCCAAGCGUCUUACACCGGUUCUGAUCAAGGAGAUUACUCGUCGCUGCUAUGUUGAGGGCAUCUUCCAGGCCAUCUACACCGGUGGUGUUAUCCUUCCGACACCAGUCAGUUCGUGCCGAUACUACCAUCGCUCCCUGGACUGGUUGAAGCUCUACGAGGUGGGCUUCUCGCCUCUGCCCCACGGCUCAACCAAGGCUCGCAUGAUCACCAAGAACCAUCUUCCUAGCGAAACAUCAACACCAGGGCUGCGGCCUAUGGAGAUGAAGGACGUUGAUGCCGUCUACGAUCUACUGGAGCGAUACAUGCGCCGCUUUGACAUGAACCAGGCCUUUACCCGGGAAGAGAUCGAGCACUGGCUGGUCUACAAGAAGCAACCCGGCAAGGACCAGGUUGUCUGGUCAUACGUUGCCGAGGACCCGGAGACACACAAGAUCACCGACUUCGCCUCGUUCUACAACCUCGAGUCCACUGUCAUCGACCACCCCAAGCACGAUUCUGUCCAUGCCGCCUACCUUUACUACUACGCGACCGAAAGCGCAUUCUCUGAUGACAAGAAGGCUUUCAAGGAGCGCUUGCAACUUUUGAUACACGAUAUCUUGAUCUGUGCAAAGCAGGCCCGAUUCGACGUCUUCAACGCUCUCACCUCGCAUGACAACCCGCUCUUCCUUGAGCAGCUCAAGUUCGGCGCCGGUGAUGGUCAGCUCCACUUCUACCUGUACAACUACCGCGCUGCGCCUAUUCCCGGUGGAAUCAACGAAAAGAAUCUGCCCGACGAGUCAAAGAUGGGAGGCGUUGGCAUCGUCAUGCUGUAG